AUGAAUAUUCCAACUGGUAUGAGCCCCCAAACUGCUAUGCACUAUCGCAACAUUGAUGUACAAUUACGCAAUGUUUUCAAUCAAAGUUAUGAACAGCAACUACGCGCGGCUCAUGGUCAAAUGCACCAAUUGCACGUCGGACAUGGCGCGGCGUUUGCAGCCAAUAAUUCACAUAAAUAUGUCAAUAAUUCUGGUAGAGGUGCACAACGAAAUGCACAUCGUCACCAUUAG